ACCGAAAAAAAAAGCUAAAGACAAAAGUUAUUUUCCUUCUGCGUUACUUCUCCGUUAGUUUCGAGACACUGACACUAUAGACCAUGAAGAUGAAGUCAUCGUCUUCUUCGGCUAGUUCACUCUCUCUCGGCUCAAAGACUCAGUCGUUCGGCUGUAUUUCUCUCAUUCUUCAAAGAUUUCUCUGUUCCGGCACCUCUUCGACCUACCCAUCUGAUCAAAUCACUGAACCCAGUUUCAAGUCUCGUGAUUUCAGCUCCGAACCACUCACAGCCAGAGGAGAUGAGCCAGGAGCUGUGGCGAGGCUCAUGGGUUUGGACUCUAUUCCCGUAAUUGAUAAAAGCAGAGUCCUUUCAAGGAGCCAUUCAGUGAAACAUUUGAAGAGGGACAACGAUGAGAUUCAGGGAAAGCAUAGAAGAGUUAAGUCCACUCUGGAGUAUGUUGAGCUUGAAGAAGAUAAUUUCUUCAUUCUCAGCUUCGAGCAGAAUAAAAAUGAUAAGGGUAAGGAGCUGGGAACUGGAAAAUGUAAGAAGAGAAGAGAUACUAGAAAGAACCAGAGUGAAACAGAGAAUCAAACACACCUAGAUGGUAAAGAGAACAACAUUAAUGCCAUGAACGUUUCACGAGGACGUGAGAGGCUCGAGAUUGGAGAAUUGAAGCAGCAUAAAAAGGAGAAACGUAAGCACAGAAGAAAAAGAAGGGAAGUUAAGUUGAGACAGAACAUCAAGAAGGAGGAUUUGAUCAAGAGCAAUGAUUGUUGGUCCAGGGGAGAAGAUUUAGUCAAUUGUGAAGUGAGAUCAAAGAACGAAGAAGAAGAGUGUGGAAGCUGCGAUGAUUCGAGCCCUGUCUCAGUUCUUGAUUAUGACCGGUUCGCUGGUGUUCGAGUAACUCCAUCACAAGGAAACACCUCAAGAAGACGGUUAUCUUCAGAACUCGAAUCCAGUAAGCGUGAUGAAACGAUUCAAGAAGAUCACAUAACAUUGACGAGUAGAUCAAGCGAGUCGGAAAUCCGAAUUCAUGGCUACCAAGAGAUGUGGCUCAUGAUUUGCAAACUCACUGUAUCUGACAUUGAAGGUUCAAAUUGGGGUUACGGAAAAGCUUCAAAGCUCGAAGAUUUAGAAGGAAUCAUAAGCGAAGAUAUAGUCUCAAACAUCUUAGAUCAACUCUUAGAAGAAACAAUUACAACACUUUCACUAACUUCACAAGUGUAAAAUUAAACAUUUCUGUCUUCCAAAUAUAUUAUUACUAAACAUAUAUAUUCAGAGUGAUCAUUACCAAGAAAAAAUAAAUGGAUUACUCAUUG